UCUUUUAGUUUGGUUAUAUCUUUUGGGGUGAGCUUGGGCUGUGGUAUAGUGAGGGGAACCACAGCAUGGUUUCCUCUUCUAUCUCAGCUCUCUCUCAUUCAUUCUCUCAUAUAUCAUGUACUAGUUUGGGUGUGUGUGACAAACCCAGCAAAAGACUGGUCCAAAUUAAGAAACCCAUUACAGUUUGCUCUAGCUCUAGUGAUCAAGGUUCUUCUUCUUUACAAUCUCGCCGAGGUGUUCUUCAUAGCUCGGUUGCUUUGGCUGCUUCAGCAGCUGUUCUUUUCUGGUCAGGUCCAGCUAGAGCUGGAUUUCUAUCGGGAUCGACCGGUUUAGAAUCAGUUCCAGGACCUGAGUUACCCAAAGUGGAGUUCCUUGACCGCUUCAAUGAAGAAAACCGGAAAUUUUAUGAAGAAAAUGAUGCGAGAUUCAAGUCAUCUCCAUUACUCCAGGGGCUAUUAGAAAAAUCCAAGCUCAACAAAGAGAAGAAUAGUAGGGAAAUUCAAGACAAGUACUGCUUGCGGGGAGCAGAAUGGGGAGUUGGAGAUUGCUCGACGGAUGGAAUGAAGCCCGACGAGAGAGACAAGUUCAUUGCAAUGUUGAAGGAGAAGGCUGGUGUCAAAGAUUGACCACCGCUGAUGCUGUGAUGAAGGCUGCUUCAUUUCUCCAAAGAACACUUGUAAUAUCAGAUCAUUCAGAUGCCUAGUACUUGAUUAACUUUGUGCGGCAUUUCACAUUGUAAUAUCAUCCCUUCUUCAUCCUUGGCAAGGCACACACAUGUGACAUGUUUCACUGCACCAGAAAUUUUGUAGAGAACUGAGAAGUGUCGGAUUUGAAAAAUGUCUAGACCAUAAAUGAAAAGUACAAAGCUUCAUGCAAGU